AUGCCCUCCGAUAAACAAUCCAAAUCAUCCUCCACCCCCAAACCACUCACUCCCGCUCUGUCCUCCAAUUUCCGAAGUGGAAGAACUGCAGUCACUCCCAGACUAGCAGGUUCUUCUACCGCCACUACCAAUAAUGUUACCACAACACCCGUGGUCUCUCCCUCGUUGACUGCUCGCAAGGAACCCUUUGUCAGGUCCAGGUCACCGGGUAAGACUGACUCUCAACAAACCCCUCUUAGUCACAAUGUCACUCCUCGUUCUGGUACAAGGAGGUCAAGGAUUGGCACAGACUCUCCCUCAACUCCUGCUCCUAUAAGAGUGCCUACAACUACCACCAUGGCACGGAAAUCCCCAAGCGAUGAUGCCCAAAGACCAUCUACCAUCAAAUCUCCUGGACUGGGCAUCACAAGCCCACGCCUCAACAUGAGUACCCCCACUCUUGCCAAUCCAAAUACUUCAUCCAAACCUACCGUCACAGUUCACCGAAGGGUCUCCGCCGCAAAGAGUAUGGUUGAAGGAGCCAAGGAGUCCAACAAGUUCUUCCAUGCUAGUGAAGUCAAGUCAGCAAUAGGCUCUCCCCCCAUUGGCGAUGCGCCUCGAUUGCCACCGAACCGAAGUCAGUUCUUCGUUGGUUCUCCCCCUCUGUCUGCUACUCAGCAACCGCCUUUAUCAAGAGAGGAUGAGGACAAGGACACAAAAUUCUUCCGAGCCAACGAUGCUGUUCAACAGACCGUUCCUAAACGCACCCCUCAGCCUCCUUUCGUGACCGAAAGGUCAAUAGACAAUUCUAUUGUGAAAGCCUUGCAUCUUCAGGAGACUCCAACAGACCGAAUGAAUCGAUCUACACCACCUCCUUCACCCAGCAAAUCCCAAGGCCCCUUGCCACCACAGCCUACCUCUCCUCGCAAGCACAUACCGCUCACAAGGGACAUAACGCCACCUUCAAAGUCCCGCUUGAGCUCGGAGAACCCCAAAAUCACGAGUGCCCAUACUGGAUUUACUCCAGCAUCAAUCCAAGCUGGACAUCGAAAGUCUACGAGUGCUGGCUCGCUAGUAGCAAAGCCCGAAAGGCGCACUAGUGGCUCGCGGUCUCAAUUCACCCUUCCUUUGGAAUUACGAUCCACAUCAUCGGCAUCUCCUCACAUGGUUGCAAGCAGUCUGCUCUCUCCCGAGGCCUUGAGUCCAAGAUCCAUUAGUAUCGCGUCAUCAAACACAGUUCCGACUUCGGUCACAAGUGACACUGAUUUAUCAGACGCCUCAAAGCCGCCUCCACUACUUACAAAUUUUACCGAUCAGCCCAACGAUUUGAUCACGUCACCAUCCCAUUCUCAUACCGACGGUGCCGCAAAUGCCCGUCGAGAACGCAAAGUACUUGAUCUGGAGAUCUCAAAUUCUUCGUUACUAGCCAUCAACAAGACUUUGGAGCGAGAGCUACGCAAACAAAGUGUCGAGCUUCGACGCUUUCGUCGUUUAUCUAGAUCCGGUAGACUAUCCAUGGUACCAGCUGCAAGGAGUGUCUCUGGCCAGUCCAAUCUCAGCCUCGGAACUGUUACUGAAUUUGAUGACGAGGACCGCGAAUUCUCUGAAGGUGAAGAGGAUAGCGAUUUUGAUGAUCUGGACGAUGAAGAGGACUCUCUACUUUCAAAUGAUUCUGGAUCAUUGAUCAGCCAAUCUGCUCGCACAAGGCAACGUGCAAGAGAUGAGAAGCGACUGAUGCUUGACUUGUCCAAGCACCAACAACUUCUGAUUGACUCACAGAAAUUGAGUCAAAGCAUAAAAAGAUGCAUGACCUGUACAGAGGAAUUGAUCAGGGAUGGAAACAAGGCUUUAGACUAUAGAGUUGGAAUUGGAGAUGUGAAAUUGGGUGGCAGGGUACUUAAUGACGAAGAGCUGGAUGAAAGAGGGUUUCAGAAUGGCGAUGAUGAAGUACAGGCGAGGCAAGGAUUGUUGAGCCCUACUCUCGCCAAAAGUGAGUUGAGUGAGGCACAGACCUGGGCGUUUGGAACCUCCUCAAUCACGAAUCUGAAAGACGGAGGAUUUCCUGCUCUUGAACAAAUGACGGAAUUAUUGAAGGAAGCUGCAAUAGUAUUGGGCGACCCUCCCGAUUUUUCUGGGGAUCAGAACCUUAGGUGA